ACAACAAACUGCAAUGUUGAUUCAAAGUUAUAAGCUUUGGCAAAUUUCAAUGGAGAUUACUGUGAUUUCUUUUUUUUAUAGUUCAGCUUUGAAACAAACAAACAAGUAUGCCACGCCAUAA